AUUCAUGCAUGAAUCUUUGUCGAAAACUCUGGAAAUAUCUACUCGGUCUAAUUAUUUUAUACGUUACAGUCUUUCUGAAUCUCGAUCGAAUUCGCUCUUAUUCAACAGAUGCUCCUAUAUUUGAAGUGACAAACUCUUUUUCUUCAAAAUCUCAUUUAUCUAAAGAUGGGUCAACUAAUCAGUUUUACCAUGCUCAGUUUAAAGACCAAAAUCAUACUUAUCAGUUCAUCACAGUGCCAAAGAAACAGUGCUCUAAUAACACAAAACUUCAAAUCACAAUUCUUUCAACUGCCGGAAACUUUGAUAUUCGGCAAGCAAUUCGAGAGACAUGGGCUAAUCCAAAUAAUUCGGAACAUGUCGCUAACAAUGAUGUUAGAAUUUCAUUUAUUAUUUCAAAAACAAGCAAUGAAUUUUUAAAUUUUGCUCUUCAAAAAGAAAUUGAAAAAUUUGACGAUAUGAUUGUAACGGAUUUAUAUGAAUCUUAUGAACUUUUGAUAUUAAAAGUUCAUGCCAUAUUAAGCUAUAAACAGAGUCACUGUCAACUGGCGGACUUUCAAUUGAAAAUUGAUGAUGAUAUGGCAGUCGAUAUGGAUGGAUUAUACAGAAGUCUUGAAGAUAAGAAACAAGCAAGUAUUAACGGAAUUAGUGGAAUUAUUUGGAAAAAUUCACCACCAGUGAGAGAAAAAAAACAUAGAUGGUAUGUACCAAAAACUCUUUAUUCUGAGAAGUUUUUCCCUCCAUAUAUUGAUGGCCCAAUUUAUUUAAUCGGAAAAAAUGCAGUUCCACGAAUGUUGGAGGAAGCUAAGAACUAUAAUCAAUGGAUCAUUGAGGAUGUCUUCUGGACUGGAGUUAUUGGCAAAGCUUUAAAAAUUAAACAAAUCAACUGGGCUAAUCAUCUUCUUCGUUAUGUUAUUGAGCUCAUUCCAUCUCGACUCAAAUGCUCAAAAGGAGGAGUUCCUUUGAUCUACGCAGUUCAUAAUAUGAAAGGUCCGCAAAUGAUUCAUGACGGGUAUCAAAAACUGAAGGGUGUUAAGUGUAAAUGAACAAAUUCAGGGAAAAUAAAACAUUUUAUUU